AUGGCUCGGUCACUCGCACUUGCUGCUUUUGUUUACACCUCGGCGAACUCAGCUCGGUGUAAACAAAAGCAGCAAGUGCGAGUGACCGCUGCCUUCUUCAUUCCCAGCUGUUCCCGAGAAGUAAACCAUUAUCCCGAAGUAGCCAUGGCUGCCUGCUGCAAGUACAUAGACAUGAUCAGCGCCGCCGUUUCAGCCCUCUUGGCCAUUCUCAAGUACAUCAUGGCCAACUACAAAGUCUUGGUUUGCUCUCUUGGCUCCUUCAAGCUUGGAGAAAAACCCAAGACCGAGAAGAAGCCUAAAGCCAAAAAGGUUGCCAAACCCAAGGCAGCUAAACCUAAGAAGACCGCUGCUAAGCCCAAGACACCCGCCGGUGAGAAGAAGGCCAAGACUCCUAAGAAGAAGGCAGCAGCAGCAGCCAAGAAACCAGCCGGACCCAAGAAAGCCAAAUCUCCCAAGAAGAAGGCGACACCCAAGUCCCCAAAGAAGGCUGCAACCAAACCCAAGAAGGCCAAAACUCCUAAGAAAACAGCAGCCAAGAAAACCAAGACACCCAAGAAGGCAGCAGCAAAGAAAUAAGCAGUCUGAGCAUCCCUGUCAGUCUGCAUCCAA